AUGGCUGACAGGAGGAUUCAGAAACUCGAGGCCAGUGUCGUCAACAGAAUAGCAGCAGGAGAAAUCAUUGUUGGGCCUUCAAAUGCGCUUAAAGAGUUGUUUGAGAAUUCGGUUGAUGCUGGAAGCACAUCUAUAGAUAUAGCUGUUAAGGAUGGUGGACUCAAGUUGCUUCAGAUAACAGAUGAUGGGUGUGGCAUUGUCAAGGAUGACUUGCCUAUUCUCUGUGAACGAUUCACGACGUCUAAAAUUAAGACUUUUGAUGAUUUGACUUCUAUAGAAAGUUACGGGUUUCGAGGAGAAGCUCUGGCCAGUAUUUCUCACAUAGCACAUGUCACAGUCACGACUAGAACCAAAGACGAACAAGUCGCUUGGAAAGCCCAGUAUUUAGAUGGCGCAAUAGUCCCUAGAGGUUCAAAACCAAAGCCCCAAGCAGGAAAAGUGGGGACUCAGAUUACAGUAGAAGAUCUGUUUUUUAAUGUUCCCUCCAGAAAACGUGCAUUUAGAAGUCCCUCUGAAGAGUAUACCAAAAUUUUGGACGUAGUUGGAAGAUACAUAGUCCACUGCCAGGGAGUCGGUAUAUCGUGUAAGAGACAGGGUGACCCUCAUCCGACAUAUACAGUACGCAAGGAAGCUACACAUAUAGACCGAAUCCGAACCGUUUUUGGUCCCAAUGUUGCAAACGAAUUAUUAGAGAUCAAGUUUAAUGCGAAGGACCGUGACAAUGGUGUAUCCAGUGAGUCAGUAGAAGAAGGUAAGAAGAUUGGCCUGAGGAAGAUAUCUGGCUUUAUAACCAAUGCAAACUACUCAUCUAAAAAAUCAAUCUCACCAGUUGUGUUUGUCAAUAACCGACUAGUGACAUUCGAUGCAUUGAGACGAGCAUUGAGUCAACUGUAUUCAGGGUUUCUUCCACGUGGAGGUCAUUAUUUUAGCUACCUGUCAUUGAAAAUAGACCCUCAAAACGUAGAUGUUAAUGUACAUCCUACAAAGCGAGAAGUGCAUUUUCUAUUUGAGGAGGAGAUUAUCGAUUUCGUGUGCUCACAAGUACAGAAAGCGCUAGCAGAUGUAGAUGUGAGCCGGUCUUUUGAGACGCAAACUAUUAUUCCUGGUGUCAAUAGUACACCUGUUAUCACUCGAGUGGGUAGCAGUGGUGGUAGCAGUGGUUCAGCCAAACGAGUAUACGAAUAUAACCUGGUUCGAACCGACCCAAAACAGCCAAAAAUAUCAUCACUAUUCUCGACAAAAACCCAGCAAUCGACACCAUCCAAAGCACCUCGAACAUCAAUACCAUUAGAAUCAGAGUUUGAGCUGCCGUCCGAAUCGCUCUCAGAAUUAUCUCCAGAUAGUCCAGCAUUACCACCGUCGUCUGGAGAAUCCCAAAAAACGAACGAAGACGCCACUUUUGAGCAAAACUCGAGCAACGGAUUCGAGAAGAGUCCAGCAGUCGGAGGCGUUAAGUCCCCUACUCCCCGACGAGCUUUUUUACCCACGACACUCCGAUCAAUCAAGCAAUUGCGAGAAGAGGUGAAAUUGAAUGCACACAAAGGCCUGACCGACGUAUUUUCAAACCACACAUUCGUUGGAAUUGUCGACUACAACAAACGUCUAGCUGCUUUGCAAUAUGAUGUCAAGUUGCUGUUGGUAGACUACGGAGCUGUAUGUAAAGAGCUCUUCUAUCAGAUUGGACUCAGCGAAUUCGCCAAUUUUGGAGCCAUAGAGCUCGACGGAGAAACUGAAGAGGGAAUAUCAGUGAGGCAAUUGCUGCAAGCUGCAGUUAACGUCAAGAGAAACGAUGGUGAGAAGAUUACUGACAACUUUGUAGAUGAAACAAUUGAAAUGCUAGCAGACAAUGCAGAGAUGGUCAAAGAAUACUUCAACCUAACCUUCACGCCACCAACGGCAUCUAAUUCGAACGACCUAUUUAUUAAAACUAUUCCAUUAUUACUAAGAAAUUAUAUGCCACCAUUAAAUAAACUCCCAGGACUCAUGUAUCAGCUUGGCACAGCAAUUAACUGGGAGAUAGAGAUUGAAUGUUUCAGGGAUAUUCUCACCCAACUGGCGUUGUUUUACACACCAGAGCCCAUAAGCACAGCGAAUACCGAAAAGCAAAAGAAAACGAAUGAACAAGAAGACGAGACCGACAGCGGAGCACUAGCAGCAGCUCGUCAAAAUGUUCGUGAAAACGUAGAAAUCAUCUUGUUCCCCUCUAUACAGAAGCGCCUUAUAGCGCCUCGUAGCCUGGCAAAAGACACUGUUGAAAUCGCCAAUUUGCCAGGUUUGUACAAGAUUUUUGAAAGAUGUUGA